AUGUUGAAAACUUGUAUCGGCGCCGCAGCCUUGGCCGGUAGGCUAGUAGCCGCAUCUGAAUUAUCUUGGACUCCCCCUUCGCUUGUUCCCAAGGCUGCUGGCUACGAAGUAGCAUCGAACAGUAGUGGAAUUGCACCUUGCGAUGCUCUGAAAGAAGUCGGUCUUGGGGAUCGACUACUUUUCGCGACGGACGCAGAUUACGAACCUCAGAUACAGUCUUGGUAUGCGGAGAACGCCCGUUUUAGGCCCGACUGUCUUGUUCUUCCCCAUAACACCGAGGAGGUAGCAACAGCAUUAACAGCACUAGUUAAGGUCAACAAUGGCGGAGGUGAUUGGCACAUCGCCGUGCGCAGCGGUGGACACAGCUUUCCCGGAAGCAACAACAUUGCCAACGGCGUGACUAUCGACUUGACAAUGAUGAACUCAUCGAGCUAUGAUCCGGAGACCAAACUCGCUAGGAUCCAACCAGGAGGUCGAUGGCGAAACACAUAUGCAGACUUGCAGAAAGCUGGGGUAGUUGUAACAGGGGGUCGGGACGGCGAUGUUGGCGUGGGCGGUUUUCUCUUAGGAGGCGGCAAUUCCUUCUUUUCGGGACGAAUGGGAUUCGGCUGUGAUUCCGUCAAGAAUUUCGAGGUUGUACUGGCUAAUGGCACAGUUGUCAAUGCCAAUAGCACAGUAAAUUCGGAUCUAUGGCGAGCCCUUAAAGGAGGUGGUAGCAACUACGGCAUUGUCACGCGAUUCGACAUGGAAGCACUCCCGACGCGAGAUUUGUACUACGAGACACGCGCCCUAAGCUUAAACUAUACGGAAUCUGUGAUUGAUGCGGUAGUUGGAUAUGCCAACCAAGACCAGUCCUUCGCCGACAACGCUCUUAUAACUCUUUGGAGCCACAACGCGUCAAGCAGUCCCGAGACGCUUAUCGAGACAAUCUACGUCAAUACGCUGGGGAAUACUAACGCUACAUCCGCAUUUGACAAAGUUAGACGUCUUCCGACUUUGUUUAAGUCUACGGCUCUCAAAAACAUGGCAGUGGCUGCUAAUGGCUCCCAGCUUCCUGGUGGUUCUAAGAAUUCUGGAACGACAUUGACUUUCCGCAACGAUCCCCAGAUACUUCGUCGCUGUGUUGAACUCCACGAGGAUUUAGUUAAGAGGCUCAGCAGUCUGGUCGACCCUAAGAAGUUCACGUCAUUGUUAAUCUUGCAGCCCAUUCCUUCUUAUAUGGGAACCAUCGCCGAGCAACAAGGCGGUAACAUGCUUGGGCUAGAAAAUAUCGGGGGCAACUCUAUUUUGUUUAACGCCGGUGUUGCUGUUACCUCUGAUGACAGAGACUUCGCGAUAGCGAAGGCAGAGCUAGCCGUGCUAACGGCCCAAGUUAAAGAAGUUUCCAAGUCGGUGAAUGGAGACCUAGACUUCAUCUACUUAAACUAUGCGGAAUCAAACCAAGAUCCUCUUGGAAGCUAUGGCGCCAAGAAUAUCCAGCAUAUGCGGGAUGUGGCCGCGAAAUAUGACCCUACUGAAGUAUUCCAGAAGCGCAUCCCUGGAGGUUUCAAGAUUUCGAGGACGAAAUGCGAUAGAAGGUCGCCAUGUGCGAGCUGUGUAACCCUCAACGUUAUUUGCCGUACAACUCGUCGGGCAACUGAGAAACGGCAACGCGUUCUCCUAUCAUCGAAAUAUGAUGAGGCCGUACAAGAUGUCAGUCGUCAGCUUGGCGAUGUCAAAGAAAUGCUUCAGACGCUCCUGUUGAGCAGAAGCCCUGGGCCUAAUUCAACCGCGACAUCAUCAGAUAGUACCUCACACCAUACCCCACCACCAAUGAUCGAUGAACAGGUACCUACUCUGUCUGGUGUCAAUGAAGGCUAUAAUGGUGAUCCUUCGUUUUUGUCACACGCUCAUCUAGUCGAAAAUGCGUUAGGGGCUACCUUUGCAGUCUCCGAGUUCGUAAACGAAGAAGCUCUAGAUACUUCCUCAUUACUUUCCCCAUUGCUCUCCCCGCGGAGGAUUGCCGAGUUACUUCACGAUGCAGAUACGGGUAAAGGUGUUGUGUCAGAUCAGACAACUCCUGAAUCUCUUCCUCAGCCAUAUGGUCCGCCUCCCGGUAAUAUUCCACUUCCACCAAUAGAUCUUGUUCUUAAGCUUCUACGCAUGAGCAAAAUCUCCAAGCAACGAUUCUUCGUCGACGUUCCUACAUUCAAAGAGGAUGAAUUCAUUGACCUGUGCCGCGGCGUCUACUUCGCAACUGAGCCAGUCUCAAUUUGGAAAUGGAUAUGUGUUAAUGUCGGUCUCUACUACAUCUUCCUAGGUGCUAAAGAAGCCGAUUGUGAACACAUAGGCACAACCGUGGAGGUGUUGCGUUUCCACACUAGGAAAAUGAAAGCAAAUGCCGAAACAGCGAUGCAGAGUCUCCGUCUAUGCUCGGAACCGUCGACGGAAUCAUGCCGCGCUUUAGUUCUUCUCGAAGGUCAUAGCACGAUUGCAUGGAGAUUGGUAAGUGCUGCUGCAAGGGCAUGUUUAGACUUAGGCUUCCAUCGUUUGCCUAACAGUCCGGAAAACGAGGAGGUGCUUCGGCAAAGCACCAUUUUUUGGCAUACAUAUUUAUGGGAUAAAGGAUUAGCUAUGACCUGUGGGAGGACACCUGUUAUCCAUCAUUACGAUGUAACAAACUGUUAUCCGGUCAACUCGGACUAUCUACGUAUGAUGCCGGGCCGGAUAUACGCCGGUCUCCUUGACUAUUCCAUCGUUGCGGGGGAAAUCCAGAGAAAGCUAUUUUCUGCAUCAGCACUACAUUUUCCGCAGCAGAACCGUGUCCAGUAUGCUAGAGAAUUUGCUAGCAAACUUCUGAAAAUCCAGGAGUCCGUUGCAGUCAUACCUGAGGAUGGCCCAAUUUGGGACAAGGGGUUUUUCGCCGCCGCAGUCUUGCUUGAUAUUAAGAUGUACUGCCUCCUUACUAUCGUGUAUAGAAUACUUCCGCCUAGUUCUGUACAAUCACACCCGCUACAAUGCUCAGAUGAAUGUGUAGACGCUGCACGUACGGCACUAUCCAAGGUCGUGGAAGCGGGUGAGUAUAUGCUACGACAAGACCCUUUUAGAUGGUACAUGUUUUUGAAUGUGAUCCUGUCCCUUGUACCAUUUGUACCUUUUAUCGUACUGGCUGGAAAUGCCAUAUCUACGUCCUCUAGCGCCGACCUAGCUCUACUCUCCUCAGUCCUAUCAGUUCUAGAACCACCAGCGGCGAAUUCUCCGACUGCUCGGAAGGUUUAUAAUGCUUGCGAGAGAUUAAAUCGUAUCGCUACCGCCCUAGUAUCAAGUUCAAACGAGGGCUCAUUACAUCUCAAAGAGUACCAAGAACAAACUCCUAAUGCCGGUUUGCCUUUCAAUGGCCCAACCGAUGAAUCCGAUAUACAUAGUCGUACGCUUCCGAAUAACUUUGAAUACGUGUUUCCGAUGGCGCAGCAAGAUUGGGACAGUGUUAUGACCGGGUUUGAGUCAGAGUUGGAAGGCUACGACUCUAGAGCCCUGACAAACAUUAUGGAACCUUACAUCGCAAAUACGAGUUGGUAA